AUGUCCUCCGAGGUGGCCGCGCGCCGCGACGCCAAGAAGCUGGUGCGCUCCCCCAGCGGCCUGCGCAUGGUGCCCGAGCACCGCGCCUUUGGCAGCCCCUUCGGCCUGGAGGAGCCGCAGUGGGUCCCGGAUAAGGAGUGCCCGAGGUGCAUGCAGUGUGACGCGAAGUUUGACUUCCUGACCAGAAAGCACCACUGUCGCCGGUGUGGGAAGUGCUUCUGUGACAAGUGUUGUGGCCAGAAGGUGCCGCUGCGGCGCAUGUGUUUCGUGGACCCUGUGCGGCAGUGCGCUGAGUGCGCCCUGGUGUCGCACAAGGAGGCGGAGUUCUACGACAAGCAGCUCAAGGUGCUCCUGAGUGGAGCUACUUUUCUCGUAACUUUUGGAAACUCUGAGAAGCCAGAAACCAUGGUUUGUCGUCUCUCCAACAACCAGAGGUACUUGCUUCUGGAUGGGGACAGCCGCCACGAGAUUGACAUUGCGCACAUUUCGACUGUGCAGAUCCUCACGGAAGGCUUUCCGCCCGGAGAAAAAGACACUCACACUCACACCAGCCUCCUGGGGAGCCAGCCCGCCUCUGAAGGAGGCAACGCACGGGCCACAGGCAUGUCCCUGCGGUUUGCAGCACCGGGGGCAGAGGGCCUGACGCAGCUGAAGCUGACGGCCGGGGAGGACGCACACGCCAGCAGGAGACAGUCGACGGCGUGGCUGGCGGCCAUGCACAAGGCCACCAAGCUCCUCUACGAGUCGAGGGACCAGUGACUCCAUGCGGGACGGACCGUCAGCAGGGGACCGUGGAGCCAGCUCUGCACACACAGGCAACUAACCCCACACGUGCUGGGAAAUGCAAGUCGAGCGUUUGGAGAAACAGAUCCUAGUGCGGUAUGCACAGCUCGUUAACACUCUAAACAGCUUCGUGCUUUAGAGUUUGUGCACUACCCUGUUGAUACUUAAUUGGAGGUGGGAGAGACUCAGCUACACUACUCACUAGUGCUGAACUAUUUUUAGCGUAACUUCAACCAUGUUUUUAUGGGUGCCCAGGUUUGCUAGAAGGUUCUGGCCCCUCAGUGUUCACUCUUGCAGAGUAAUGAUUUGGGCAGUGGGAAGUCGGGCCCGAUCUGUUUGGGAUCCUGGUUUCUAGUGCGUCAGUUUACAGUCUCCCUGAGCCCGUUUUAUAGACUCUCCACUUACCGCAUCACUAAUCUGGGCUACGAACAAACCUGUGACACUUCACUGAGGGGGAGAAGCCAGCUUUGCUUUUUGUAUUUUCACUUACUGUUUCCCUUUAUUAAAAUAAUUGUACAACAAUUUGUAUAUAAAGCUUAUGAUUAAAACUUAUUUUGAAACUAA